UUAGCAUUAUAUUCCUACCUUCCUGGCUCAGUUGUCGUCGAGUUGUGCGAACAACUAUUGCAACAAUCGACCACCCACUUGGCAUUAGUCAGUUCGUCAGCGACUGUCAAUUAAUUUCUAAUUAAUUACAUUGGCCAAGCGUUUGCGAAUUUCAUAUAAUAGUCGCAUCUAGUGUGCCGCAAAGUGUACCACAUCGAAGGUCGGAAGUACCUAGUUGAAACAAGUUUACAUAAAAAGAGCUUUACAGUAAAUCAUGGAGCGCUGGGUGGACAAAGUGGCAAUCGUUACAGGAGCUAGCGCAGGCAUUGGCGCUGCCAUCAGCAAAGCUUUGGUAGAAAAAGGAAUAAUUGUCGUGGGGCUAGCCAGAAGAAUAGAGAAGAUAGAAGAGCUAUCCAAUAAUUUGGUGGAUGCGCCGGGAAAACUAUAUGCAGUGCGCUGCGACGUGACUAAGGAGGAUGAUAUUCUAAAAGCUUUCAAAUGGGUGACCGACCAUAUUGGACCUGUGCAUAUUCUAGUCAACAAUGCUGGUCUGACCAGGCCAACCCAUCUUCUAGAUGGCGCUACUGACGAAUGGCGGCGCAUCUUCGAAGUCAACGUCCUGGCGCUGUGCAUCUGCACCCGGGAGGCCGUGAAGAUCAUGAAGGAGAACGACAUCGCGGGGCACAUCGUCCACAUGAACAGCGUGGCGGGCCACUACGUCCCAAACAUGCCCAAGCCCAAUUUCAACGUGUACCCCGCCUCCAAAUUCGCUGUGACGGCCCUGACAGAGAGCUUGAGACAAGAAUUGAGAUACCACGAACUGGGAAUUAAAGUUACUAGUAUUAGUCCGGGAGUGGUGGGAACCGAGUUUUCCGACGGUUUUCCCGACGACGGCACUAAAGAAGCAAUCGACGCCUUACCUAGACUCAAGGCGGAAGACAUCGCAGAGGGCGUGAUGUACGUGCUGUCCACAGGUCCUGGCGUUCACGUGCAAGAACUCACAAUACGCCCCCUGGGAGAAAUGUUCUAAGUUGCAUGCCUUCAAAGAAUCAUACCAACACUCAACACCAUAGGUACUGACGUCAACACGACGCCAAUUUGCAAGAUUUAAAAAAUAUGCACGCAAUUUUGAUGGAGUUCCCAGCAUUUCAGUACCAUUUUAAACAGCAAUCAAUUGUACACUAUAUGUAUUUGUAUGUUUUCAAUCAUACCAAACCAAAUAGUAGUUAUUUGGUAUACAGGGUGUCUCAUAAUUCGCUGCUAACCCUGAACAGGCGGAUUCUAUGGUCAAAACUAAGUAAAAAAGUUCAUAUGAACAUGGGUCCGGACAUGCUUCCUAAGGGCA